AUGGAGAGAUGGGCAGCUACAACAGGUUUUCGUUUCUCCAGCGAUAAGACCAAAUACCUUAUAUUUAGCAAAUCUAGACGCACCAGUGACAAUAUCGUACUCUCUCUGAACAGCACCAGAAUUCAGAAAGUUGACAGUAUAGUUUUUCUUGGGAUGACACUUGAUUCGAAACUGAAGUGGGAUCUACAUAUAACAAAAUUAAUAUCAUCGUGUCAAAAACGUUUGAACCUUAUUAAAGUCUUAGCAAAUACCUUUUGGGGAAGUGACUUCUUAUCACUAAUGAGAGUAUAUCGCGCUAUAUUAAGAAGCAAAAUCGACUAUGGCAGUAUAUGCUAUACAACCGCAAGUAAAAAUUCUCUAAAAAAACUUGACGUUUUACAACACAAGGCAAUACGACUGGCAUAUGGCUUACUAAGAACUUCACCGGUGGAAAGCAUCCAUGUCCUAGCUAAUGAGCCCCCGUUACACCUUCGAAGAGAAUACCUUGCUCUACGCUAUGCCGCCAAAAUUUCAAGCCUACCAGACAAUCCUGCUCACCACAUUACUGUCAAGUGUUCUUCCAGAGGAUUAUACAGCAACUACAGAGACUGCCCAAUAUCAGAGCGUAUUAUUCGUACCGACUUCAACCUAAACAAUCUUCAGCACACGUACUCAUAUUCGUUAUAUUCUCCCCCAUGGACAAUGCGCCUACCCGAUAUUAAUACAUCGCUUAACUGUUACACCAAAAGAGAAACCAAUCGUAUAGUCAUCCAAAAUAAAUACAGAGAAAGCCAAUGGAACAAUAGCACCACCAAACUGCGGGAGGCUAUCUCAAGUGUGACGGAACACCUCAGACUACCCAGAAGAAGACGCGACCAAGUGAUUAUCUCCCGUUUGCUAAUUGGUCAUACGCUAGUGACACAUAAAUACCUGUUCAGCAACGAAGAAGCCCCAACAUGCCAAACCUGCCAACUCCCAGACUGCAGACUUACCGUCAAGCAUAUACUCUUAGAGUGCACUGCCACGCAAGAUGCACGAAACCAUGCUUGCAUGCCAGAAUCCAUAAAGGAAGCCCUCACCACGUACUACGAACGAACACUACAGUUUCUCAAAGAAUCCAAUACCUACAAUUUAAUCUAA